CUGCAUUUCGCCAUUCAUCCACAUGGAUCCUCUGUAGCCUCUCUACUGGCUCCCUGCUUGGCGAUCGUUGAGCCUUUGUCACCGAUCGCCGGCGGGCUGUGGCUCGGAGCGAUCGCUCGAUCUUGUUCCGGAGCGCAGAUCUUUCCCAGGUGCCCCCACCAACUAACAACAAACCUGUCCCCACCACUACCUUGCCCUCCAUGUCUCCCAUCUUGCCCAUCCAUCCAUCCAUCCAUCCAUCCCCAACCCUGGUCCUAUCCGUUGGGAUCUUGAUCCCGGCCCACCGUGACUCCCUGUAACCCAAUCCCGUCUGUUCCCCCGGCGGCUUCCAUCCGGCCCAGAACUCACAGACAUGGGCAGAAAACCGAGCCCCGCGACUCUUGCUCUGCAACAGCAGAACCGUCUCAGCGCUGAACUCGCCGCAACCGAGACAGGCGUGAAGUUCAUCAACGCCAUCGGCCAAGUCGUCGACGGCCUGCGUGCUCUGACCGAGCAGCUGGCAAGCUUCCUCCCGACCAACAAAGAAAACAACAGACAGGACGGAGGUGCCCACAAGAAGAAAGUGCGUGAUCCCAACCGCCCGGCUCCGCCUACCUCGGCCUAUCUCCGCUUCGUCGCCUCGGUCCGCGACGAGAUUGGGGAGCAAAACCCCAACUUUAAUCAGAUGGCGAUCACCACCGUUGCCGCCGGACUGUGGGCCAAGCUUACUCCGGAGGAGCGACAGCCCUUCUACGACGCCUACCACAAGGACAAGCAGAUCUACGACGUUGCCAAGGAGAAGUACAACCGCUCGCUGAGCUCCAAGGGUGCCGAGAAGCGCAAAGCCGCGGAUACCCUGGAGGGCGACAGCGACGAACCGGAGACGCCUCUGCGGGGAGUGAAAGAGGAGAACGACGAUGGCUCUCAGGAAGACGAGGAGGAGGACGAGGAGGAAGACGAAGAAGAGCCUCCGGCACCCCCGGUCCCCGUCGUCCAGAUUCCCAAGGCCAAGAAGGCCAAGACGAUCCCUGAGCCCGCGCUUCCCAAGCCCAAGGCCCAGGGAGGCAAGAAGGACGACUCUGCCAAGAAGAACCAGCCGACCACCCCGACCACUCCUAAUGCCAAGGCCAAUCCCGCCGGCACUCCCAAGGCGGUUCCCAAGCCUAUCUCCACGGGCAAGCCUGCUCCCGGCACCCCGACACCCAAGAGCCAGCCGUCGCCCAACCCCAAGAACUCGGCUGCCAAGCCUGCCGCUGCUCCCGUCACCUCGCCGACUGGCGCCGCCGAUGGCAAGAAGGGCCGUCGGGCCAAGCUUCGCCGCGGCACGGCCACCGCCGAGUCGGAGGAGUAAGUAAAAGGAGGGGGAGGGAGGAUGGUGGUGGGAGCUGCUGCUUCUCCAGGCUCCAGUCCAAGACAAACCCCCGUCCUCGGCUGGGACCGUCCGAGAGUUGCUGUCCCAGCCUCGCCCGUCACCCGCCACUGCACUUGAUAUAUGAUCCUGGGUCGUGAUGGCUCCCCUCGCCCCAGUCGUUUGUGUGGAGCAGCUUUGCCGCAGCAUUUUGGUUUCUCAGCCUCCGAGCGAAUGUGCUCAUCGACAAGGGGGGGGGGCGGAGCCCAUGAGAGCCAGGCCAGGUCAAUCGGUCGCGAUUUCGACCUCACCUGUCCAGGACUCUGGUGUCUCCAGUGCGCUCAGAGGGGCAUAUCGAGGCAUGUCAAAGUACAGAAUAUACGCCAUGACUGAUCACUGGUCGACAGGAGGACGUUGGGAUCGUGUCCUGGACCCGGCUGGGAGCGGCC